AUGGUCUUUCUCUCCUUACCGCUCCCGUUCUCCGUCCUCUUCCUGGUUUCCUUGGUGGACAAGAGCCAAGCUACUUACCAGACUUUCCUGAGGGAACACGUCGACCCCAUGCGGAUUAUAAUCAACCCCCAUUUCUACUGUCAGGAGAAGAUGAAAGCCCAGGGCCUGACGAGUCCCACCUGUACGGAAAAGAACACCUUCAUCCACGCCAGCAACAUCCAAGUCAAAACUAUCUGUGGUGUCGGAGGAAUGCAUUCCAGCAACACCUCUUCGGACAGCCUGGCCAGCUACAUAAUCACGACCUGCCAUUCCAGUGGGGGCUCCCCCCCAGACGACUGCAAAUACAGAGGCCAAGGCGAGCGCCGGAGGAUUCGGGUGACCUGCUCCAGAAGGGUCCCUGUGGGCAUCAUAAAAAUCCUCACUACCUGGCCCUGA